GGCCGUCGAGAAGACGUGUUGAACGAGAUAUCCCUCUUCGUCUCUGCCAACGGCCGGCGCGUCUCCUCCUACGACUCCAAAUCAUUUCUCUUUCGAUUCCUGUCGCUAACCCUGUCUCCAUGUUCUGAUUCAUCGAGGGAACCAAGGUUCCGACCGAGAGGUGAACAUGCGGGGUUGCGUCCGGGAGCUCCUCCAAGGAUGCCUGCGUUCUCGGAGGGCCUAUUUUUCGGUUGACGGUUCUAGAUGCAGAUUUGGUUGUUUAUCAGAUUCCUAUGGCUCAUCUGGCAGAAUCAAAGGCUGCUGUCCGAGUGUCGGUACUCCAAGCUGUUCCAGGUCAAUGGCUUCUGCAACUUCGUGUGCUGUCUUGUCUGAAGCGUUGCCAAAGGAUAAAGAUAAUCUUGCAUCCGAUAUGCUAAUUGAUUCAUUUGGGAGGUUCCACAAUUACUUGAGGAUCUCGUUGACGGAGCGUUGCAACCUCAGGUGUCACUAUUGCAUGCCAGCAGAAGGUGUUGAACUAACACCUAACUCUCAGCUUCUUUCUCACGAUGAAAUCGUUCGGCUUGCAAAUCUCUUUGUGACGUCUGGGGUGGAUAAAAUUAGGUUGACAGGUGGAGAACCUACAAUUAGGAAAGAUAUAGAAGAUAUAUGCUUGAGUCUUUCCAGCUUAAAAGGAUUAAAAACACUUGCUAUGACCACCAAUGGGAUCGUUCUCACGAAGAAGCUUCCAAAGUUGAAAGAGUGUGGUGUUAAUGCGAUAAACAUUAGUUUGGACACAUUGGUCCCAGCAAAGUUUGAAUUCAUGACCAGACGAAAGGGUCAUGAAAGAGUCAUGGAGUCAAUAGAUGCUGCAAUAGAACUUGGAUACAAUCCUGUUAAGAUAAACUGUGUUGUAAUGCGUGGAUUAAACGAUGAUGAGAUCUGCGAUUUUGUAGAGAUGACGAGAGAGAAGCCAAUCAACGUUCGAUUUAUUGAGUUCAUGCCAUUUGAUGGGAAUGUUUGGAAUGUCAAAAAGCUAGUUCCUUACGCGGAGAUGCUGGAUAGAGUGCGACAACGCUUUAAAAAUGUACAGAGGCUUAAGGAUCACCCUGCAGAUACAGCAAAAAAUUUCGUUGUUGAAGGUCAUCGUGGGACAGUCUCAUUUAUCACAUCAAUGACUGAGCAUUUUUGUGCUGGUUGCAAUAGAUUGAGGCUCUUAGCUGAUGGCAACUUCAAAGUAUGUCUAUUUGGUCCAGCAGAGGUAAGCUUAAGAGAUCCAAUUCGUGCUGGCGUGGAUGACCUUGGGCUGAAGGAGAUCAUUGGAGCUGCGGUUAAGAGAAAGAAAGCUGCACAUGCUGGGAUGUUUGACCUAGCAAAGACAACAAACAGGCCUAUGAUACACAUAGGUGGCUGAGCAGCAGUUAAAUCUGAAUUGCUUAGAAAUGGAUAUCGGAACGGAGAAAUCACUGCUCCAAGUUGUACGAGUCUAAGAAUCGGAAGACGGAAUUGCCAUCAUAAAGGCAGUUAAAUUCUGGACUUCUUUUGCUUCAUGUUGUUAUACGUUGUGUUAUUAAAGAAACAAACGUGUUAUCGGAUCUUGCGAGGAAAGCCACAUAGUACAACUUAUCUCCUCAUCUGAGGAUGAUACUAA